GUCAGCUGUCUGUUGUCUUGUCCGUCUGUCGUCUGCUGCUGCUGUAGCAGUAGGCUGCUUGGCGUGGCGCGGCAUGUCCUGUAGGUUAGAUCUCCCAGUAAACAUUCCGUUGCACUAAUCACCGGGCGAUAGAUUUGAUUCGGAACAUACCUCCUUCAAGAUACCAUUAUGAGUUCCAAGAGGGGAGAAACCACUCGAAAACGUCCCCAGAAGUAUCAAAAUACGAGGGCCUACAAGAACGAUUUGCACGACAAGACACCUCAAACAAAAUUCAUAAAUAGUAUUCAAAUUAGUAAUGUUUGUGAGCGAUGCAAAGGUAUUCUGGAGUGGAAGAUUAAGUACAAGAAAUUUAAACCUAUGAAAUUCCCAUCUACUUGUGUGAAGUGCUUAGAAAAAUGUGUGAAACAUGCAUACCACACUAUGUGCUCACCUUGCGCCAAUAAGCUUGGUGUGUGUCCUAAGUGUGGUAAAGCGGAGGAACUAGUUCAACCAGUUCCAACUGCUGAGGAGCGUUUGAAAUUAGAUCUCGAGAUGCAAGCUAUGCUUAAGAGCCUCCCCGAACGUAAACGGAGGACGUUUUUAAGAUUUCUUGAGAAAGGCAAAAAGAAAGCUCGGAAAGAUCGAAAGAAAUCAGAAGAUGAUGCCAAUGCUAAGUCUGAUGAACAAGAUACUUUGCCGAGAGAAGAUGGUGAAGAGGAUGAUACCAAGAAAACAACGCAUGAUCUUAUGGCAUUUUUGCAACGUUUGAAACUGUCUUGCAAGGAUGGAGAUGACAUGGAUGACUUCGAUGAUUUUGGAGAUUCUGAUGAUAGUUUUGAAGACAGUGAAAAUGAGGAGGAUGGAGAUGGAGAUGAUGAUGAAGAUGACAGUGAUGAUGAUGAUGAUGAAAUAGAGGGUAAAGGUGGUGUAACUAAAAAGUAAACCACAUUUUUUAAGGUGUUUAUAUGUAAUAUAUUUUCUUCAGUAAAAAGUUGAAGCUGUUUCAUUUCGA